AUGACGAACGACGACGGAACAAUAGAUAUAUGGGGUGGACUAUAUAAAUUCACCGAGAAUGUGGCGAGCUCCGAAAAACCAGUCCGUCCGUUUUAUGUUCCCAGUGAAUUGCCUCUGACUAUUGCGUCGGUCUUAUAUCGGUGGAAUCAGAGUGUCCUACCAAAUGAUUGUUCCAUAGCUGUCUGUCCUUGUGACAUUGAAUCUGUUACUAAAAUGUGGCACCACACUUGGGGACCGAGUCAUGUGGAGCAACCUACUCGUCUUCAACAACUGUACGAAGCACUGGACAAAGACCUCUGGGAAAAAGGAUUUCGGUGGCAAACAAUCUCGGGUCGAUCAUUGACGGAUUCAGAACUUUCUCUGGUGCACAGCUCCGAGUUUUUGAACGAUUUUCUAGCAAUUGAACAAGGCAAAGAUUUGUCUCACACAAACGCUCUGCUGAACUUCACCUAUGCAAAUCCUGAUUUUUCUUUCUGCAGCGUUGGUCCGUAUAUCACAAGCGCCUGUCGCGUGGCAGCAGGAUCAGUAUUAGCACUUACAAAACUUGCUAUCUCAGGCAGAAUUCAACAUGGAUUUGCGCUUGUGAGACCAGCCGGACAUCAUAGUCAGUCAGAUAAGAGUGGUACUUUUUGCGGAUUAAACAAUGUUGCAAUAGCCUGCAUCGCUGCAUUAUCCUGGGGAGCCAAGAAAGUGUUGGUCGUUGAUCUAGACGUCCAUCGAAGUGUUGGUACAGAAGAAAUAUUCUCUCGAUUAGAAAAAGAAAAUCGUAUAACUGUCGAAAGGCUGCUGUUAAUCGAUAUAUAUGCUACUUUUGGUGGAUCACACAAAGCGCAGGGGCCUACAAUUCUAGUUCCAUUAAUGGAUGAGAAAGAAAUUGGUGAUCAACAAUAUUUCGAUGCAUUUGAACGUGUUGUUCUACCUAAAGCGAAAGAGUUUAAUCCAGAUCUUGUUUUGGUGUCAGCUGGCUUUGAUGCGGCAAAAGGCGAUGCUGAAGGUUUCCAAGUAACUCCCCGUGGAUACCAAGAACUAACGAUGCAAUUGCGAUUACUUGGUAGUCCCAUGAUCUAUGUCCUUGAGGGCGGCUAUGAUCUUAGCUCCCUCUGUUCAUCAGCUGUUGCUUGCAUGAACUCGCUGCUAAGUCCAAUACCGAGAUGA